CUCUCUCUCUCCGUCCCUCCCUCUCACCGCAGUCCCGACAUGGCGGCGGCCAGUGCGGUGCGGGAGGCCGGGCGCCGCUCCCGGCGGCUCUUCGACAUCUUCGUGGCUGAGAUUCCCUGGACGGUAUCGAGCAAGGAGCUGAAGGAGUACUUCUCCCAGUUCGGGUCGGUGCAGAGGUGCCAGCUGCCCUUCGACAGAGAUACAGGCUUUCACAGACGGUACUGCUGGAUUAAGUUCUCAGCUCCAGAAGUUGUUGAGAGUGUGUUACAGAAGGAGUCCCACAUUCUUGAAGGUUCCAAGCUUACUAUCAGACAGCAGAUCCGUAGAAGACGCAGUCAAAGGAAGAGUCAAAGUGAGUGAUGGAAGGAGGCUUUAUUUCACUAAAUUUAAAGAAACUAAAAUAAAGAUUACUGAGAAACUA